AUGGUCUGCAUGAGUUCGAUCCAGUUGUCUCGGGAGUUGAAGAUCUGUAAUCGCCACAAGCCUACCACAUUUUAUGGCGGCGCAUCAGGAAGUGGUAGUAGAAUUGAUUUUGUUGGCUUCAAGCAUUCUUCUCAUGGUUUAAGGCAGGAUCCUUGGAGUGUCCACCUUCUGAACAACAUACACCACGCACCUAUAAAUCCUGCUUGUUCCAGAUUUAAGGUCUUUAUCUGCCAAUCUGUUUUAACACCAGGUGGAGGAAAUGGGAAUCCUGUUCUGGAAUCUGCAGCCGCACUUGUGACAAGGUCAUUUGAUACUUUAAGCGGAAGCCCACUUCUGCUGAAGUUGAUCCCUGCAGUUGCUGUCAUUGCUUUUGCUUCCUGGGGCAUUCAGCCACUUGCUCGUUUAGGAAGAACCAUUUUUCUCAAUAAAUCCGACAAGAACUCUAACCUAAAUGGUAUUUACUACGCAAUUACCACUUAUCUUAAGCCUCUCCUACUGUGGACAGGAGCAAUACUCAUCUGCAGAGCCCUGGAUCCAGUAGUUCUUCCAUCUCAGGCAAGCGAGGCCGUGAAGCAACGUCUUCUAACUUUUGUACAAUCAUUAUCAACUGUGCUGGCUUUUGCAUACUGUUUAUCAAGCUUGAUUCAACAGGUACAAAAGUUCUCCACAGAGACGAAUGAUUCUAGUGAUGGUGCAAGAAAUAUGGGUGUUAGUUUUGCUGGAAAGGCUAUUUAUACUGCAGUUUGGGUUGCUGCUGUAUCACUGUUCAUGGAAUUGUUGGGAUUCUCUACCCAAAGGUGGCUGACAGCUGGGGGUCUUGGUACAGUAUUGCUCACCCUCGCUGGUCGAGAGAUAUUCACUAAUUUUCUCUCAAGUGUAAUGAUUCAUGCAACUCGCCCAUUUGUUCUCAAUGAGUGGAUUCAGACAACGAUUCAAGGUUAUCAGGUUUCUGGAACAGUUGAGCAUGUGGGAUGGUGGUCACCAACAAUUAUUAGAGGAGAUGAUCGAGAAGCAGUUCAUAUCCCCAACCAUAAGUUCACUGUUAGCAUCGUAAGAAAUCUCAGCCAGAAGACUCACUGGCGCAUCAAGACGCAUUUUGCCAUCAGUCAUUUAGAUGUCAACAAAAUCAAUAACAUAGUAGCUGACAUGCGCAAGGUUUUGUCUAAAAAUCCACAAGUAGAGCAGCAAAGAUUACACAGAAGAGUUUUCCUUGAAAAUGUCAAUACUGAGAAUCAGGCUCUUAUGAUACUUGUUUCAUGCUUUGUCAAAACUUCGCGUUUUGAGGAGUAUCUCUGUGUCAAGGAAGGCAUACUAUUGGAUCUCCUUAGAGUCAUAAGCCACCAUCGAGCUCGGCUAGCCACGCCCAUCCGUACCGUCCAGAAGAUAUAUGGCAAUCCUCUUGAUCUGGAUAGCAUGCCGUUUUCAUCACCAAGAGAAAAUACUAAUAACCGCUCGCUGUUGCUGGUUGAACCUAUGUAUAAAGUCAAUGGUGAGGAAAAAGGCAAAGCUCCUGGUCGUGGAGCGAGGCCUAGCGACGAGAAAGAUGUCAAAGCAGAAGAAGCCCCCUCGACACUAGACAAGGCGACCAGUAGUCCACCACCAUCUGAUAAGCCGCCAACGAACUCCAUUUUGAGCAGUGAACCUUCUGAGCAGGUUGUGGAGAAGUCUGCUGCGUCGACAACUGCAAGGCCUACCUCGUUGGAGGAGAACAUAGUACUAGGAGUUGCACUGGAGGGGUCGAAGCGGGUGCUUCCAAUUGAAGAAGAAGACGAAGAAGAAAAAGAGACAACUCCUCCAUCUGUCGAAACAAAGGAGCUAGCUGCUAGCAGGAACGGAGGCGGAUCAUCAUCUCCUAGCAGUACUGAUAAAAAGGACAAGUCAGACGUUGACAAGCCAUAG